GUGUGUGUGUCGUGGUAUGGCAGACUGAGACCAGGUCAGGUAUUGAGAACGAGAGGCUUCAGAGUCAAGGAGAGCUACGACAAGAGAGACCACCAAUAUAGAGAGAUCAGUCUAAACUCCAGGAACCCGUCAGCUGAGAUCUCUAUCGUCCCAGAAUUCUCUCUGUCUGCUGACGUCCGUUUGCUACGUCCCUCCUACUCCUUCUGUAAUGGGAAGGAUCUCCUCGGCUGUCCCCACGGCAACAUCUGUGAUGUCAUCGGCCUGGUGGUGUUCUCUGGCCGGCCUGAAAGAAUCAGGAGCAAGGAAGGCAGCCCGCCCUCCGGCCUCUCUUUCUCCGCCUCCUCUUCAUGCAGAUCACUGGGGUCGGGGCCUGUUCCCGAGGGAGCCUUAUAUCCUUUGGCUCGUCAGAGUCGUGAAAGAAGAAAAAGGAUUCUGCUAGUCUGUGAUGGACAGGGUAAAGAGCUGUUGGAGUAUCGGUGGCUCCGAUUGGACGACGGGACUUCUGAUCAACCAAUCAUGAUAAAGCUCUUCUCAACGUCUCAACCAGAGGCACACAACAAGAUACUCCCACUGUCUGUAGUGGUGUGUACCAGACUCCAGAUGGUUGGAGAUUCAUCCUGCUGUUACCUCACCAACACUACCUACACACAGAUCUACUGCACAGGUUCUGGCCACCACUCAGUGAUGCCCUACAGGAAGCUCCACCCAGUGCGUCAGUUUGUCCGAUGGCUGCGGAGCGUGGAUGACAGACAGGUGCUGAGCAGGGCUGUGGUUGGUGGAUACUUCAUCUACCCGCCCCCUCCCGUCUCCCUGGAAGCCUACAUGAAGAACAGAAAAGGUGAACUCGGCCUGCUGAGAGGGGCGGAGCUAAAGUGGGAGGUGGAGCGACUUCAGUACAGAGAGAGACGUAGCUUCUGUAUCCAGGCAACCGUCACCAUGGUUACUCACUGCCAUAGAGGAAAGGAAGACCAAUGUCUAGUGUGGACAGACAGACCUGCUGCUUCCUCCCCACGUAUCUCUCCCUCCUCUCCUCGUAUCUCUCCCUCCUCUCCUCGUAUGUCUCCCUCCUCUCCUCGUAUGUCUCCCUCCUCUCCUCGUAUGUCUCCCUCCUCUCCUCGUAUGUCUCCCUCCUCCCCUCGUAUGUCUCCCUCCUCCCCUCGUAUCUCUCCCUCCUCCCCUCGUAUCUCUCCCUCCUCCCCUCGUAUCUCUCCCUCCUCCCCUCGUAUCUCUCCCUCCUCCCCUCGUAUCUCUCCCUCCUCUCCUCGUAUGUCUCCCUCCUCCCCUCAUCUCCCUCCCUCCUCUCCAGGCUCGUCGGUCAAAUUGAGUCCCAGCCUUCUGAUGCUGAGAGCAGGGUUAGGACUCGGCAACGGUAAAUCCCCAAAGAGAAAACUUUUCAGCAGUGCUGGACCCCCCAGGAAGAGACUGACUCUAGGGACCCAUCCAGAGGAGGAGACCGACACAGGAACAGAGGGCAGUCUGUGGGAAGCUUCCAUGGAGUUCCUGGAGACCAACUAUGAUGAAGAUGAGGAUGAGGAUGAUGAUGAUGAUGAUCAGGCCUUCCUCACGGCCCCCUCCUCUCCUGUCUCGUUGUUGGGUGGGUGUCGGCUGGGCCUGGCUCGCGUUGCCAUGGAGACAGUGCCCCUACAGUACUGCCCGGCGUCCAGGGAGGAACAGGCGGUUGCCGUGGAGAUGCAGACAGGAGAGUUCCAGAACCUUCGGUGUUGCAGAAGUCUCGAGAACUACAGCUCUGCAGUGAGCUACACCCAGACUGGACACUACACACUCACACUCAGAGCUUUAUCUGACGGGGUGGUGGUCGAUGCAGUGUUCCUACCUGGUAGCUCUGCUACCUGCGCCCCUACAAGCCCCUCCCCUCCACAUGGCCCCUCCCACUCCGACCACUGGUUCACCAUCCUGACACACGGAGGCUUUUCACCACACACACCUCCACCUGCACCAGCGGAUCUGAUCGCAACGGCCUCCCAGCUGGCCAAUCAGAGGCUGGUGUGUGUUCUGGAGUUGUGUCUUCUGGGAGGAGACAGAUUGGAGGUGGUCCUGAGUAGAGCCUUCCCUCUGAGAGACUGACCUCUGGGAGACUGACCUCUUCAUCACGUGUCAUAUUCAAGUCUACUGUAUGUGGGAGUCAACUAAAUGUUUGGCUUUAUAUGAUCUUAGCGAAUCACACCAUUGUAAGGUGUGGCUCCGAAUCAAGAAACGUGCAGAGUGGGAGAUGAUUGGUUAAAGAAAAGCCAAUGCGAAGCCUUUCUUGCUGAUUUUCUAUUGGUGGCAGAAUUUUUCCCUGACUUUUUCUAUUGGUGAGUGAAGAUGGCUUUUGUUCACGAGACUUUCCAUGGAAGGAGAAAGGAGGAAGGAGGAACGACAUUACGAAAAGACUGAGACACACUCCCUUUCUCUCUGACACACACACACUCACACACACCCUUUCUCUCUCUGACACACACACACUCACACACACCCUUUCUCUCACACACACACACUCUCACACACAC